AUGCCGCGUCGAGGGAAUCUCGGCGGUCACCGCGUGGUGAUCGCCUCGCUCUUCCUCCCGGAUACACUCCAGUUUGUUGAGCCCGAAUUCGAAUCCGCGCUCGCAGAAUCACCGGAAGAGUCCACCGCGCCACCCUCGCCCGAGUCGCUGCCCAGGGAUGCUCCACUACCAUUGCACGAGCUCAAUUCGAGGCUCGCGGCAUCCAUGUCCAUUUCGUCGCAGGACCGUCAAACGCGUUCCAUGCCUCUACCCGCAAGGACGCCAAAGAGUCGCCAGCCUUCGGUCACAGGUACCAAGAUCAACAUGAGCGAGCUCAUGUACGAAGCUGCUGUGCCAAGGCUCGAGAUGCGCGAUGGCCGUGUCUCGGGAGCAUCCAGUCCACACAUGAGCUCGCGCAGAGGAUCCAUGUCGGAACACGCCAAUACCACCAGCGCGGCUGCCGAAGCGUCGGAUAUUCCGGUCGCGCCUGCAUCCGACCACGGUCGAGCCGCCAUCACGCCAGAUCCAGCAGGCUCGAGCCCCUACGGGACCUCCCCUUUGCCAGUACAAACGGCUCCGAUCGCCGCUGCUGCUGCUUCGGCACCCAAGAGCCGCCGUACCAGCUUCAACACCAACACGAGCAGCGGCACCGCGCUCGCUCCGCCUUCGUUCGUGCCGGAAGGAUCGGGAACACGCACACCAGGCGCAAGAGUUGGAGGCAAGCUCGGCAUCACUACACCACUCAGCAUCAUCUCGGAUCUCGCCGCUAGGCAAGGUGGGCCUUUGCCGCCUCCCGCUUCAACCUCCGAGAGCGAGAGGCACCAUCCGUUCGGCUCUGGUGCCGUCACUCCGAUGGCAGGUGCGCAGACACCGGGCAAUGCCAACAGGCCGCCGGGACUCGCCCGCGCCUUUCCCUCGUCUCUCAGCAUGACCAGGGCCAACCCUUCAGGAGCAAUGUCAGCCGGACCUGGCCAAUUGCCGACCCUGAAGAGUCUGGCUGCUGCCAAGUCUAGCAACACGCCUCCCUCUUCUGGGUCUGGCACCAAGACACCCGGUCUCCCAGCUUUGAAGAGCGUCAAGACGGCCAGCGCGGUGGCGAGCGGGUCCAUCAACGACCAUGGAAGAGGAGUUCCAGCCUCGCCUGCUCAGACACGUAAAACAUCCGCAUCGACAGCCGAGAGGCCAUCGUCGAGAGAGCUGCUAGGCCAUGCGCGCGCACCGCGAGAGCGCGAACGAUCCGUCACCACGUCACCUGCCGCAUCCAUCAAGGGACGAUCGCAUCACCACGGCUCCGCAGGUGGCGGUGGCAACAACCUCGGGCCACCCGCCGCACCCUCUUCCGUUUUCAGCCGCAACAGAAGCAUGCGAUCCGUCACGCGUCGCGGAAGCGCGCGUCGAACGUCGUCGACCAACGCCUCGCAUCUCAGGAGGCGCACCUCGACUGCUUCUCUCGAUACGGUCGCGGACGACGAUGCCGAUCUCGCCUUGCCGCCUUUCGAGUUUGUGAGCAAUCCAUCUGCCAACGGUGGUCUCAUCAACGCAGUCAAGAGCAUCGAGCGGGAACGUCUGCGUGCUGGUAAGCUGUACGUCGGCACACCGGGCCUCUCGACGGAAGGCUGGCUCGGUCCCGCCGAAAAGCGCGUGCUCGAGCAGAAGUUUAUCAAGGAGCGAUCUUCCAUGCCAGUCUGGCUCGAGGAUGAGGACUUUGACUUGAGCUACAACCGCUUUUGCAAGCAGAUCCUCUGGCCCACCUUCCACUAUACCUCACCCACAUCCAAGGGCCUCGACAACGAGCACGAAGCCUUCCGCGCUUACUGGGAGGUCAACCGUCGCUUCGCCGAUGCCAUCGAGGACAUCUAUCAGGAGGGCGACAUUGUGUGGGUCAACGACUACCACCUGCUUCUCGUGCCGCAGAUGGUGCGUGAACGUCUGCCUCACGCCACCAUCGGUCUGUUUGUGCACAUCGCUUUCCCCUCGUCCGAAAUCUUCCGUUGUCUGAGCAUGCGCGAGACGCUGCUCAAAGGUAUGCUCGGUGCCGAUCUCAUUGGUUUUCAGACGCACAACUUUUGCCGUCAUUUCCGUCAGACCGUCAGCCGCAUCCUGCAGCUCGAAGCCACGCCCAAGGGCGUCCAGCUCGAGGGAAGUUUUGUCAACGUGGCGCCUUUCCCCAUUGGCAUCGACGUGCGCAGUCUCAACGCGAAGCGGCAAGACCCCGAAGUCAGCGAGUGCGUCGCUCAGCUGCGACAAAAGUAUGCUGGCAAGCGAAUCAUUGUCGGCAGGGACAAGCUCGAUUGGAUCAAGGGCGUGCGGCAGAAAUUGCUCGCAUUCGAGGCCUUCCUGGACGAGAACCCGAAAUGGGCUGGCGAGGUCGUGCUCAUUCAAGUCGCUCUGGCUACCACGGAGGAGAACGAGGAGAUCGGCGAAGCGACCGACGUCGUCUCGCGCAUCAACAACAAGUACAGCUCGCUCACCUACCAGCCCGUGGUGUUCCUCCACGUCCAGGAUAUCACGUUCAGCCAAUAUCUGGCGCUGCUCACCGUCGCCGACUGCUUCCUCGCCACGAGUCUGCGCGAAGGCAUGAACCUCACUUCGCACGAGUUUGUCGUCUGCCAGGAAGUGAGCCAUCGUCCUCUUGUGCUGUCGGAAUUCACGGGCACCUAUUCGGGUCUUCGUGCCUGCAUCGGCAUCAACCCUUGGAACACGAAACAAGUGGCGCACGCCAUUCACAAGGCGCUUACCAUGGACGAAUCGGAGAUGGUACAGCGCUGGACGGAUCUGCACCGCGUCGUCGUGACGCAGACGGCGCAGCAGUGGAUCACGUCGUUGUUGGGACACCUGGAACGGGCGCAUCUGGAGCAGGAGAGGCUGGAGAACAUGUUUGUGCCGCGACUCGAGGUGGCACAGCUGGUAUCGGAGUGGCGCGCUGCGCAUUCGCGUCUGUUGCUCAUCGAUCUCGAGGAGACGCUGGUGACGUACGAUCCGCUCGCUGCGCACGAGCAGGGCGGCUUCCGUCCUCCCGAAUGGUUGUUCAAGCUGCUCAGCGACCUUGCUGCGGAUGCGAAGAAUGUCGUCUACGUUCUCAGCGGCAUGGGCACCAACGAUCUGGACCGCGUCGCUUCGCGCAUCGACAGCAUCGGCUUCGUCGCCGAAGACGGUUGCUUUGUCAAGCACGCCGGCGAGAACCACUGGAACAGCCUGGUGGCGCCGUUCGACCUUCGACCGGUGCGCGAGAUCCUGUCGUACUUUUCCGAACGCACGCCCAACUCGUACGUCGAGGAGCGAGGUGCUUCGGUCUGCUGGCGCUUCUGGAACGACAAGCAGGGCGACCGCAACUCGCACGAAGCGCAGUGGGCGCGAAGGCAGUCGGCCGAGGUGGCCAAUCUGAUCCACGAGCGGUUCUCGCACUCGUUGCGCGUGGUGCCGUGUCGCACCAACUGUUUGAUCUUGCCUCGGCACGCGAGCAGGGUGGCGGCGGUGCAGCACAUUAUCAUGCAGAUGAGCAUUGUGGGCAGCAUGUCGUUGCCAGGACCGGGCGCACACAGCGGGAGUCAGCAGUCGUCGUCGUCGACGCCGUCGCUUUCGGCGCAGAGACCGAACGACGUCGCGCAGCGACUGGCAGACCAACCCGACCAGCCACCGCUGGAGAGCGCCUACAAGCAGCCCUCGAACUACUGGCCGAUGCCAACCACGCACAGCACUCGUGCCUCGUCACCCGUAGUGCACCACCACUCGCACGCGCACCACCCGUCCCCACACUCGUCGAUGCGAUCCCACCCCGGAUCUAUCUCGGUCCAUCUUCCGCACCACUACCACCAGACGCACACGUUCGACUUUGUGCUGGCGCUCGGUCAGGACGAGAAGCUGCUGGCGUACGUCAACACGUUGGACCUAUUUGCGCCCGUCACGUGCACGACGAUGGACCUGGAGAAGAACAGGGGCACCGAGGCGGCGUACUUCUUGGCACAGUCGGAUGUGCAGGAGGCGUUGGAGGAGAUGAUUGGGUUCCGCGCACGCGAUCUCAAGUGGGCGAAUCGUUGA